CUGUGUGCACCUGCUGCCCAGUGCUCGUCACUUACUGUACCCUCUUUCGGCAAGCCUCCGUUCAACCCGAGUUCGCAGCGGUGGCGACUGCGCCGGUCCGCCCGCCACCGUGCCGCGUCAUCGCCCGGGCCCGCCCACCCGUGCGCGUCAUCGCCCUGGCCCGCCCACUCCCUCGCGUCAUCGCCCCGCGCCGCCCGGCAGCAUCAUCGCCCCGGCCCGGCCGCAUCAGCACCCCGGACCCCCCCGGCGCGCGGCAUCAUCAUCCGGGGCUGCCGCUCCACAUCACCACCCAGGGCCGCUUCCCCGGCUCAUCUCGCCGCCCCAGCCCGCCCGGCUGCAACGCCGCGCUCCCCCGCUCUGCCGGCCCAGAAGUCCUUGUGGCACAGGAGCCAUGCUGCUUGCAGAUGUUUAGAGAAAUUGGAUUCAGUGAGUUCUGUAGAAAUCUUCUGCUUACCUUUUAAUCUUCUGGAGAAGCUGGACUGGAACGUGGAAGCUCAGGGGAGACCUUCCCACAGGUGUGAGCUCCAAGUCCCUCUGUACCUGAGGACUCAAAGGUGUUCGGGUGUGACAGCAGAUGGGAAACCUGUGAUGUGCAAGUCACCCAGUUGGAAGCGGUGCUGGAGCUUGGAGUGUGAGGGACUGGGACCAGGGAAAAAGGCAUCAAGUGAGUGGUGUGCCCUGGGGACAGGCGGAGCCUGUCCUUACCCGUCUGCCAGGAGCAUCUGAAGGAAAGCAAACACAGAGAUUGAGUGGUGCAGUGAGGAGCAAGUUGCUGGCUUAUGUGAUUUCUGACUGAGCUGCCACAGAAACGGGCAUCUGUGUGUGCACAUGCUUCCUGGCAAAUCCAGAUGUGACGUGGAAAUCCUAGGGGAGGAUUUCCAGCCUUGACCACGCAUGACACAGGCUUGUGAAAAUGGAAAUGGCCUUGGCAGAAGAGCAGCUGUGAAGUGAAGCAGAACUGCAAUACAGUUGUUUCCAGGUGCUGCCCAGGAUGGACAUCUGUGGCCUCAGACAGCGAUUGCCUAGGAGGAAGGGGAGGCUUUGCACAGCUCACCUGCACAGCUCAGGUGGAUGGGACAGGAUUGGUGUGGCCUGAGAAGGCAUGAACAGCUGUCUGUGUUCUGCAGUGCCUUGAAACCUUUCUCUGUCAGGUUUUGGAGGGGUUUCUCUUUGGGAUUUCUUGUGAUGCAGCACCCCGGGUGUCCCUUUGUGCAAAGUCCAGUGGUGAAGGGUUGAGUGAGUGACAAGUGGGGUCUGGCAUGAAAAUGGUUCUGUUAAAAUGGAGCAAAGAAUGCAGUAAGAAAAACGAGCAUCCUUGUAAUGUCUGAAAGGGUUAGGAGCAAGAAUGCAGGAGAGGGGCACUUUUA